AUGGCCGCCAAUCCAAGUGGAUUCCUCAGCUUUAUAGCUGAAGACCUUCAACAAUCACCAGGAAACUACUUCACCGUCUUGGGCGUACUGUUCGUCACUGUCUUAUUGCACAGAUUAUCAACACCAUCCCUUGAGACGGGCGAGCCUCCAUUGCUCAAACCUAAAUUCCCCAUUGUUGGGCAUUUCUACGGCUUAAUGAAAUACCAGAAUGUCUACUUGAAACAGUUAUACGACAAGUAUCACAGACAAAUAGCAACUCUACCCAUCCUCGGAGGUAAACUCUACGUCAUAUUCGACCCAGCUAUCGUGCAAUCUGCAUAUCGCAAAAAGACACUUUCGUUCGAGCCAUUCGCGGCAGAGUUCGCACAGCGAGAACUGUUAUUGUCUGAUCGAGUUCAAGACAAGCUUAAGAACACCAAUUUAGUACCGGACUUUUUCGCUGCUAUUCAUCCUGCCAUGACAGGGGAUCACCUCCAUCGUAUGAACGCAAAUGCCCUCAACUACAUAUCAAAAGAUAUCAACAAGAUUAGUGGACAAGGUAGCUUGGAACAUGCGAACCUCUGGCUUUGGUUGAGAGAUCUUGUGACUAUGGCAACCUCUGAAGCACUAUACGGAUCAAAGAACCCAUUGAGACAGGAUCGUAGCUUACUGGAAGAUGUCUGGACAUUCGAGGCUGGCCUCAAUAUGCUACUGGUUAACAUCUUCCCCGCCAUCACGGCUCCCAAAGCUCAUCAAGCCAGAGCGAGACUUCAAGCAGCACUGGGUAAGUACUAUGGCGCUAGAAGUUACGAGGAUGAGGAUGCAGCAGAGAUAGUCAGGGGAAGAGCCGGCGCGUUUGUGAAAUACGGUGUACCUGACGAGGAAGUCGGUCACAUCGAGCUGGCGCUACUACACGUGGGCACUGCCAACACCAUUCCCACUCUGUACUGGUUCUUUGCCAACGUCUUUAAUCGACCUGAUCUAGUGCUAAAGCUGAGAGAAGAAGUUUCUCAAGUCGUACAGAAGGAUGGAGGAAACAAGGUCGUUAUUGACGUGUCAAUCUUGGAUGAGAAGUGUCCCUUGCUUGUCAGCUGUUACCGGGAGUCUUUACGCGUAAGCAACCAGGCAACGGGCAACCGACGCGUCCUCGAAGACACGACAGUAACAGACAACAAAGGCAACUCGUAUCUUUUGAAAAAGGGCGAGAAUGUUCAGGUGUCUGCUGCAGUGAGUCACAACCUCGAUGCCUGGGGCGAAGACGCAUCCACCUUCCGACCAGAUCGUUUCAUCGAAACCAAGGACAGUAAUGACGCGGAAAAGACGCGUCGUUCAGCUUUUAUCGCGUUUGGUGGUGGACGCAACCUUUGCCCUGGUCGAAACUUUGCCUUUGCUGAGAAUCUGGGACUGGUAGCUUGUCUUCUGGCAGGCUUUGAUGUCACACUGCCGGAUGGCCCUAAACUUCCUGCCAGUGUGGACUGUAGCUUCGCACAAGCUGCUGUAAGGCCUGCGAAAGACGGCGCAGGGUUUGGAGUGAGAAUAGAGAGGAGGCUGGGGUGGCAGGAGACUCAGUGGUCGUUCAAAUCUUAG